AUCACGUUUUACCUUGCAUACCUCAAUGGGCAUGUUUGCUGUCCAUUUCCAUGGUCUUCUCAGUUGUAUUAAUGGUUUCAAAAUUUUGUAUUCAAUCUUGGCCAAAAAUUUCAUGGUUUUAUUUUCGGAUUUUGUGCUUCUUUUGGCCAUUAAGUUUAGAAUUUGUUUCGUAUUUUGACGUGUAGUUAAAAAAGGGGUUUAAUUUAAAACAAAAAAUCAUUAAAUACCCUCGAUUAUAAGGUGUUUCUGGUAUAAAUCCAUUCAUUACCCUCAAUUAUUAGUAAAACAAAAAUUAGACUUACCCUAAUCGGGUAUCCCACCGAUGCCGGUCAAGCCGGUACGGCCGGCUGGAUCUAUUUUUCAAAAACCAAGCUAAUUACCCGCUCAAAGACUCUUAUGGAAAAGAGCCUGAUUUAUCUGUGAGCUUUAACUUGCACGCAAAAUGUUCCUCCACACUCUCUGCCGCCACUCGAAACUCAACUCAGUCACAAAACCAAAUCUCCAUCUCAUACUCUUCCUUUCAACUCUUCAAAACCCCCCGCAUCCUCACCACAAUACCGCCGCCAUAAGCAAGACCAUCCACGAUCUCUGCACCAGCAACUGCAAUGUCGACGAGGCGCUCCGUCUUCUCGACCAGCUCCGACUUGUCGGUUACCGACCCAAUUCUCUCAAUAUCAACUCCAUCAUCCACGCCCUUUGCGACACUCGCCGCUUUUCGGAAGCCCACCACCGUUUCCUUCUCUUUAUUUCCUCCAAUUGCGUCCCCGACGAGCGCACUUGUAACGUGAUUAUCUCCCGCUUGCUGGGUUCCAAAACGCCGCAAGACACGUUGAAGAUCGUGCGUUGUUUGUAUGAUAUUAAGCCCGAGUUUGUGCCUUCUUUGGGGAAUUACAACUGUUUGAUGGAUCAGUUAUGUAGAUUUUCUCAAGUUGGUGAAGCUCGUAGUUUGUUUCUUGAGAUGAAGAGUAGAGGGCAUCGGCCUAAUGUUGUUUCUUUUACUAUUUUGGUUUGUGGGUAUUGUAGAGUUGGUGAAAUUGGGCUUGCGUAUAAGGUGUUUGAUGAAAUGCGUGAAUUGGGCGUGGUGCCGAAUUCGCUGACGUAUAGUGUUUUGAUUGGUGGGCUUUUUAGGGCACGUGACGUUGAAAGGGGAAGGGACUUGAUGGGCAAGCUUUGGGAGAGUAUGAAAGAAGAAGAUGAUGAACACGUGAAGAGCGCGGCAUUUGCUAAUCUUGUUGAUUCUUUGUGUAGAGAAGGGUAUUUCAAUGAAGUUUUUACGAUUGCUGAGAAUAUGCCACAAGGGAAGAGCGUGAAUGAGGAGUUUGCUUAUGGGGAAAUGAUUAAUUCACUUUGUAUGGCGGGAAGGAACCAUGGUGCUUCAAGGGUGGUUUAUAUAAUGAGGAAAAAAGGAUAUAUCCCAAGUUUAGUUUCAUAUAAUUCGAUUGUGCACGGGCUUUGCAAAGAGGGAGGCUGUAUGAGGGCAUAUCAGUUGUUAGAGGAAGGUGUUCGAUUGGGGUACUUGCCAUCCGAGCAUACUUACAAGGUUCUUGUAGAGUGUCUUUGCCGCGAAUUUGAUGUCCACAAGGCAAGGGAGGUUCUCCAGCUGAUGUUGAGAAAAGAAGAUGUUGAUAGGACUAGAAUUUACAACAUAUAUUUGGGAGCUCUUUGUCUUGUGAAUAAUCCAACUGAGCUUUUAAACACACUUGUUUUUAUGUUUCAGAUGCAAUGCCAACCAGAUGUGAUAACUCUCAAUACUGUCAUAAAUGGUUUUUGCAAGAUGGAGAGGAUUGAAGAAGCUUUAAAGGUUCUAGAUGAUAUGAUGAUGGGAAAAUUUUGUGCCCCUGAUGCUGUGACUUUCACUACUAUCAUUUUUGGCUUGUUGAAUGUCGGAAGAAUCCAAGAAGCUCUUAGUUUAUUGAAUCAAGAAAUGCCACAAAGGGGAUUUAGCCCCAGUGUUGUAACAUAUAAUGCGGUUCUUCGUGGUUUAUUUAGAAUCCAGCAACCAGAUGAAGCUAUGGAGGUUUUCCGUUGCAUGAUUAGUAAUGGUGUAUUUGCUGAUGUUGCAACUUAUGCAAUUGUAAUUGAUGGGUUAUGUUUGGCUCAUCGAAUAGACGAAGCUAAGAAGUUUUGGGACGAGGUUAUCUGGCCCUCAAAUAUUCAUGAUAACUAUGUUUACGCAGCUAUGCUCAAAGGGCUUUGCCGAUCUGGUAAAUUAAAUGAGGCUUUUCAUUUUUUAUAUGAACUUGUAGAUUCUGGAAUCAAUCCAAAUGUUGUUGGCUACAAUAUUGUGAUCGACAGUGCAUGCAAGUUAGGCAUGAAGAGAGAGGCCUAUCAAAUUCUAGGAGAGAUGAGAAAAAAUGGACUGAACCCAGAUGCUGUAACUUGGAGGAUUCUUGAUAAGCUACAUGGUAAAACAAGGAAAUGAAUUUGCUGAAAUUCUGUUCAGUCGUCUGGAGAAAUCAUAUAGAAUAUGGAGUUAAUUCCAGUCAGUCAUUCUGAAUUUGGCUGGUUUGAGAAUGCUUAUGCAAAUCUGAAUUAGGGGCAGUCUCGAAGAAGAAACAGAAUGUUUGGGAGAGUGUGUUUUCUUAAUUAGCUCUUCAUGCACCUCAGAAAUGCAGUGAGCAGAAUCCAAAUUUGGAUCAAGCUUGAUUGUAGCUAUGGCAUGCAGUUAUAUAUAUAUAUAUAUAUAUAUAUAUAUAUAUAUAUAUAUAUAUAUAUAAAAUGUUAUUAUAAAGUUAAACAAGUGUAAGGGUUUUGAAAUAAUAAAAUUUUUUGGAUAGGAGAGAAUUUUCAUCACAAAAUUUUAAUUAUUUCAAUAACCUCAAUAGGAUUUUUGUAAUUUAAUUAAUAAAAUUAACGGUCAAAGUUGUCGUCCAGCAUGCAUUGAGAAGGAAGUUGCAUGGCCCGAACAAUGUCGAUCCCGAUAAUACUGGUGAGCACGGUGUCCUCUUUGUAUUGACAGAAGCAAUCCAAAUCGGCUUUUUUAAGAGCCUUGCAACAAGCUGAUGGAGGAGACUUAGGGCUUUUCAACACCACAGCGGGUUCACAUAUCUCUAAUCCCUCUUUAUUCACACCACAGAUGUUGUCGGCGUUCGUUUGAAGGUGCCUAAAUGCAAAAGAUGAAAGUAUCACCAUGGCAAAGAUGGCAAACACGUUCUUUGUGCAUGUCUCCAUCUUUUGCCUUGUCUUGUGCUUGCUUUUGUGAAGAGGAACAAGUUAGGGUUUGGUCUUAUAUAGAGAUAUUUUAGGGUGAUUUUGUUGCAUUUGCAGUUUUGCCCCCAUUGUCUUCUUCUUGUUAGUUGGUGGCCAUGGUAUUUAUAAUGGAUAAUUUGCUUAAAUAUUUAUACAUUUAACUGGUAUAUAUGA